AUGACCAUGGCGGUGGUUGUGGUGGUUGGUGGUGGUCGCAUAACGAUAACCAAACAAGCAAAGAGUACAAGGGAUGUGCGAAUAGGUACAGCCCACAUUAAGGAAGCUAAGAAUCUCUUCGGGGACAGAACCAGUUUGGAGGAGUCCCUACUGCACAGCAUACGUGGGGCUCCAGGGCGCAUCCCAAUCCCCGCAGCGCCUCCUCCGCGGCCGCCGCCUCCUCCUCCUCCUUCCCCUCCUCCUGGCUUCAUUCACCCUCCCAGCAGCCGCGCAGCCGUUCACUCCCGGCUCAGGGCAGCGCCUGCCGCGGCUCCUCGGCUCCUGCCGCGGGUGCUGGCGGGGGCGCCGGCCCGGAAUGGGGCGCUCGCGGGCUCCCGGCUCCGGGCGGCGGCUGCCGCUGCACAUGAUCAGGAAGCGGCCGCACCAACAGGGCGGCGGUGGCGGCGGCGGCCAGGGCCGUCACCGCCACUCCAGCCGCGCUCCAGGCACCCGCACACCCGCUACCCCCGCGCGGUCCCCGAGGCCACCCCUCUGCGCCCCCCGCCCGGCACCCGGCCGCGCGCAAAGUCCCGUCCCGGCUGCAGGAGCAGUCCCUUCCCCGCCCGCAGCCGCACACCCGGCGAGGCCGGCCCUCCGAGGGGAGACCCCCGCCCCAGGGCGCCGAGGCCGGGCGACCACCCGCGGAGAAGUCCAGCCCUCCGUGAGACCCCCUCUCUCUCACCGCCCUCUCCGGGGAGGAGGAAUGGGAAGAGGGCGGCCGGGAAAGGGACCAGACCCCCAACCCCGGCCGCCGCCGCCUCCCCCCUGCGCCACCCGGAGGGAGGAGGACAUGGCUCUCCGCACUCGCGACCGGACCAGCAGCCGGGGGAGCGGGGCGCCGCCGCCGCUCUCCCCGCCCGCGCCCCCCGCCCGGGCGCGCCCCCUAGCCCGGCGGGCGCCCACCCAGCCCCUGACAGCCCCCCCGCCGGCCGCCCCUGCGCCCAGAGUGGGGGUGUCGGCCCGGGAGCCUGGAGCCGGGGACGGUUGUAUGUACACACAUACACACACACACACACACACACGCACACACACAGAACACGACGCGUCGAUUUCCUUCGCUCCUCUUCCAGCUGUUUUCCGUGCAGCCGAUUGGGGUUUUGGGCGCUCGGAGCAGCAUCUGAGAGGGCUCACUCUGAUCAUCAGCUGCACGUUAAGCCGCAAACCGGCGUCGCUUCGGCGUUCCGGAACCCAGGCCUGGGGGCCGCGGGGAUUGCCUCUGCGUGCAACUCCGGAAAGUUUCAAGGGGUCCCCCGACUGCACAGGUCCGGAAAUCGGCUUUGAUAUGGAACUACUCCGCUCUAGCCUGGAAAGGAGACCCGCGCACUCCUCUCGCAGCUAAUUUCGGAUCAUUAAUUUAAUCGGAAAUGAGGUAACCAGUGUAGGAGACAGAGAAAGCAACCGGAGCAUCAAAUGGCAGUUCUCGAGAAUCGACGAGGAACUUAAAUCUGGACUCAGGGUUUCAGUGCGGUCUCCGACUCCCACCACCCCGCCCCUCCGCCUGUCUCGCCGCCAGGUGUGACCUCCACGCGAAGGAAUCUUCUUCGGAUGGGUGCACCUUGCCAACAGGUGUGGCACCUGGAGGACUAGGAGGCGCCUCCAGACUAAGGGCGCUCAGUGCGGCGUUCUUGUUGCAGAUGAUUCUGGAAGGCCGGUAGGUGUCGGGCGACAUUUGACCUUCUUCAGGUGCUUAGAACUAAGUGUCUGGAAACAUGAUCCCUUCGCGUAAGUUUCUUUCUGAAAGCCACCAAUCUUGACUGUAAGCUGUAUUUGAGAGAUCUUUUGGCUGAGUUUACUUAUGACCUAACGGUUAGUCACCAACUGAGGCAGGGCACAGGAUGACCAAAAAAAAAGUGUCAGUUUUUACACAACUCUGGCCUGCAAGAGCCUACGUGCUUCAUAAAUAAAAAUAAACAUACGAGCGAGGAAGGUGCAGAGCCCCGGAAAUAUUUUUUUCUCACAUUUUUGAAAUACCAUGCACAUAUAUGUGGCUAUUUAAGUAUAACUACUAGUGUUCACUCUUACUCAUUUCUACAACUUUUUUUUUCCAUUUAAAAAUCGAUUAUUGUUACGGUUUAAACCUCGGGUUGAUCUAAAGUGACAUUGUUGGUCUCAUUACAGCCUCUAGUGGACAGUUAACAUCAGUUUCCUGAAAAGGCUCUGACUGGUUUUGUUUUCGUUGACAAGCUUUGUCAAGGUGAAGGUUAGUACGUAAGAGCAUAACCGGGUAAAAUGUCCCCUCACCCCUAUCCUCACCCCCGCCCCCAACACCCUGCUUGGCAAAGACGACUUCAGAAAGGAGCAGAAGCUUGUUGGCUUUGUAUAGAAAAGACGUAUGCUUUGUGCUGCAGGUAUUAUUAUUACUGGACUGUGAAUAAACAGAAAGCUUCUGCUAUUCAUUUCAGUUUCAGACAGCUUUCAUAAAAACUAAAUUCAUCUCAAAUAUUUUUAUAACAGAAAAUAUUGGUUGCCAUGUUUUUGGCUUAACUGCGAUGUUUUUAUUCCAACUCAUAAUCUGCAAACUGUCCAAUCCACCUCCACUCUAUUUUUAGACAUCUUACAUUUAGAUAAUUUUCAGUUAAAAAAAAGCUAAUAUUGUAAUUUUACGUUGGCACAAGCAGUUAAUUUACGUGAUUUUAACAACCUUAAAUUAAAACACAUAAUUCAGAUUACAGUUAGUCAAUUAAUUUAAAUGUUCUCUCAAGGAAGCUAAAUAUGUAUAUUACCCAAAUGGUAAAAACAAUUAAUAAGAAAUGUGUCAUUUACUUUCUUAGCCAUUAAGUUUAAAGCCAUAAACUGCCACCAAAAUCUGUAACUAUUUCUUCCUGCAAGAUCCAACAUAAACACCAUACUCAUGAAACCGUCUCAUUACCUUUAGUACUCAAAUAUUUUGUUUUCAGAUGGCAAAAUAUUAAAUGUACAAUCACAAAUAACAGGCACUGAUUCUUUAGAAACAAGACUUUCUCGUGCAAAUAAAAACUCAAUGAAAAAGGGCAGAGCUUCCAAGAAGCUAGUAGGCAAAUAUAUAGUACUAUAGUCCUAGUCAUAAGGCUGGUGUUAUGUUUGUAAAAGCAUAAGUCAACCUUUGAAAUUACAGGAAAUCGAUAAAUAAGGCCUGAUGAGCUUGACUCGUAUCCUGUGUCAUAGAUUGCUUAAAUACCAUGAAAAAUAAUUGUAAUCACAUAUCUAUUUUACUGUUUUGGUGGUAUCUACUCUUGAAGGUGUUAAAUGGGCCAGCAAGUAUAUAUUAUAUAAUUACAUAUUACACCCUUACUUAAAGUGUAGUUUUCAAAGUCGCCACAGCAGCACUUGGGAGCUUUUUAGACAUUCAGAGUCAAGGGUUCUACCCCAGACAUACCAAAUCAGAAUCUGCCUUUGAACCAGGCCCCUGGGUGAUUCCUAAACACAUUAUCAUGUGAAGAACACUGGUCUAUACCACAGGGAUCAACCUAAAUAAAUUUGGGCACAGGUGCAGAAGUUAAUUCCUCGAUUUAUUUCUUUUUUGCUCCUUUUUAGUAAGUACAGCCCUUAUUAAUUUGUGCUUUUCAAUGAAAAAUUAUUAUGUUAUAUGCUUUGGAUAAAUACUACUGCACUGUAAGUGCACACAUCUGCAUCAUUAUUGCCAAAAGAGAAUGCUCUGCUGAGGAAUGUGCUGGGGUCUUGAACAUGAACAUUUUCUUCAUGGCAGCAGAGGGAGCACAAGAGAGCUUAAUAAAACCAGUGCACAGAUCUCUCCAAAUCAUGACAGAUUUUAAAUUGUAGUGUAUGUUUUCAUUGGAAGUAGCCUGUUAUGUAGUUCAAAAUGAAGCAAAUCAACUGAGCAAACACAGAUAGGCUUACCAGGUCAUAACAACUAUGUAACUGAACAGAUUGAAAGUUGAAUAAAAUAAAGAUAAACUUCUUUAGAGUUUUAGGCUUGAAUUCUUAAAAGAAAGUGGACCUCAAAAGUGAAAAAGAUGCCUUAGCUUUGCUCAGAAACAAAGAUAACACAACACAGAAUCAGAAAACCCUAAGAUGCCUUAGCUUUACUCAAAAACAAAGAUAACACAGAAUCAGGCAACCCUAAGAGUAGCUCCUGUUUAUCUAAAAACAGAAUCAGUUCACUGGACCCUACAUCAGGUAACUUAAUUUCAUUUGGUGUCAUACAUGUUGGUUAAGGUCCAUGCGCCUUUCGCUGUGUUUACACUCAGAAUAAUUUUAGGGGUUUCUCCUUAAUGCUUGCAGUGGUGAGGAUUUAGGUUUCAGUUAUACCUACGUAGUAUUUCAUACUUUUCACUACUCUUCCAUAUUGCAUCCUCAAAAACUCCCUUGAAACAGAUAACAUACUUGGUAAAAGCCAAGUAUCCAAAAAGUUAUGGAACCACGUCGUGCUUUCAUAACAUUGAGUCAUUUAAUUGUUUCGGCAGUGCUUUGAGGUAUUCAUAAAUGAGGGAAAUUAUACAGACUAAAGAUCCAGAGCAUUUUUUACAGUUUUAAAGGUUUUUCAAAGUUAUUCUUAGAUAAUAUGUUUAUAUAUUUAUUAUUUAUUUACAAGCAGUAACUUAUUCUGCAUCUACAAUAACUAAGACCUGAGAAUAUAAAAUUGAGUAAGAUAUCUUAGUGUGCAAGGAGAUCAGAGCAGAACAGAUCUUACCUUUGGAAAACUGUUAAUUUUUACCACGAUGAAACACAAAGAUUCAUAGUUGAUGCGAUCCAGCACCUGCCAGAAUCAUAGCAAUCAGACUUCCAAAUAUGAGAAUCAAACAUUAGAAUCAUUAAAAAUUUGAGAGGCGGGGGGGACAGUUGUACAACUCUUGAGCAAAAGUUGACUUAUAAGCUAAUAUUAAUAUUUCAAAUUUGUACGACAAACAAAUGUGAAGAUAUAAUGUGUAUUUUAUUUGAAUGUCUUCCCUAUCACAAAAUCACAUGAGUAAGUUGAGUUGGUAAACAUUUAUUUAUUUUUAUCUUUUCUAAAAUGCUGAAAAGAAUUUUUCUCCCACACUAAAGAGGGUUUGCCAAGUUUCUGCCUGGAGCAAUUUGUUAUGGCUGUGUAAUAAAUCCCAGAAAGUUUGAAUUUUUAAUGGAAACACUGACAGAAUAAAGAGGGUGUAAUCCUACAUAUGUCAUUUAAAAAUCUGAGCAAACCAUAGUGUGCUUGCAAAACAAAUAUACUUUCCUUAGAUUGCACUCACAAAUAAGGCUGGGGAGACCAGAAAAGUAAAACAAACUCAAAACAAAAGUGAAAAACACUCACACAAUAGACUCUGAGGUCAGCUCACCACACCCAGACUAAAGUCACUGGGCUCUGUGCGUGGCACCAAGACUCUUAAAAGACAUACUUCUGAAUCAUCUUUCUUGACCCUCCACCAAACUGUAGCAAGACAGGCUUCCUGGGAAUGAAAAUGACAUUAGCAUUAGUCAAGAGUGAAAUUAAAGUCAUUGUACUCAAACAUCUGCCAACAGUCUAUGAUUUCAUAGUACCCACCUCUGAAAUAAGACUCUGUCUACAAUUAAAAACAAAGAAAAAAAGGUACUUUAGGUCUUCACUAUCCACUAUGUCUACUGAGCACUUGAAAUGUGUGAUUAGUCCAAAUUAACAUGUGCUGUAAGUGUGAAAUAUUCCUCAGAUUUUAAAAACUUGGUAUAAAAAAUACAUAUUUUACAUAUAAUAUAUAUUAUUCAUUAUUCUUAUAUUAUUAAUUUUAUGUAUUAUAUAUACACACAUGUAAUAUCUCCAUUUUUACUUUGAUUAAAUGUUGAAAAUAUUGGGUUAUUUUUUAAUAGUGUAUAUUGGGUUAAAUAAAAUAUAUUAUUAAACUUCA